UAUAUGUUUCCGGAUUUUCUUGAGUUUUGAAAAUUUGAGUUUAGAUCUGCUUGAUCACUAACGUAGUUGAAUUCUUGAAUAUAUUCAGAGGUUUUAGGGUUCUUUGAUAUCUGAGCACUGGGUGGUUGAUAAUUUAUUUAAAAUUAAAUCCUAAGGGUAAUGCAUAAUUUUAAUGGAUCGUUUCUCAUUCUUGUUUUUAAUAAUUAGCCAAUUCAGCUUUGCCCCCUAUUUGUGUGAAAUGCAAGUACCGAAAAUCAUUUUUUCUUAUUUAUUUACAAGAGAAGGGAUUUCAUAAUGUUUUUUUGAUUAUAGAUAGGUUUUUAUGAAGCACUGUUUGAUGAUCGAUUGAUUUUCUUUGGAGUUUGGAAAGAAGGCCAGAAGUUGAAGUAGAAAACAAAUUUUUAUGUGUAAGCAGCUGUCCGUGCUAGCAUGGCAUCUGGUAGUCCAUUUUUUGAUGAUGUGCGGACCAAAUCUGAGGUUAUUGAUCCUCCUCAAAGUGAAGACAUGAUGGAUGUUGGAGAAGGUGUGAAUGAUGCUACUCUCAUCCCGUUAAAACCUAAUGUGACUGUUUCUAGCAGUGUUCGUGAACUUCUGGAGUGCCCUGUGUGCUUAAAUGCCAUGUACCCCCCUAUUCAUCAGUGUUCAAAUGGUCACACGUUAUGUUCUGGUUGCAAACCCAAGGUUCACAACCGGUGUCCCACUUGUAGGCAUGAUCUUGGUAAUAUAAGAUGUCUUGCAUUGGAACAGGUGGCUGCUUCUCUGGAACUUCCAUGUAAAUAUGAGAGUUUUGGUUGCAUGGGCAUAUACCCGUAUUACAGCAAGCUAAAACAUGAAUCUCAAUGUCUACAUAGACCCUAUAACUGCCCCUAUGCUGGUUCAGAAUGCACUGUUAUUGGAGAUAUUCCUUAUCUGGUGGCCCAUUUGAAAGAUGAUCACAAAGUUGACAUGCACAAUGGCAGCACUUUCAACCAUCGCUAUGUAAAAUCAAAUCCCCAUGAAGUUGAAAAUGCUACCUGGAUGCUAACGGUUUUCAGUUGCUUUGGCCAGUAUUUUUGUCUACAUUUUGAAGCUUUCCAGCUUGGGAUGGCUCCUGUCUACGUAGCGUUCUUGCGGUUCAUGGGUGAUGAUAAUGAGGCAAAGAACUACAGCUACAGUCUAGAAGUGGGUGGAAAUGGGAGGAAGAUGAUUUGGCAGGGGGUGCCGCGUAGCAUUAGGGAUAGUCACCGGAAGGUUCGUGACAGUUUCGAUGGUCUCAUCAUUCAACGUAACAUGGCUCUCUUCUUCUCAGGGGGAGACCGGAAGGAGUUGAAGCUUAGGGUGACCGGAAGGAUAUGGAAGGAACAGUGAUAGUAGUCUCUCCCUUAACCUCCUUCCUUCAAUCUUUUUCUAUAGUUUAGUAAGGUUAGUCACUUUUCAUUGGCUAUAAGUAGUCUCUUCUGCCUAUGUAAUCUUUGGAAUUUAGGAAGCAAACUCUCUUUGCUACUAGAAGGAACUCUUAUUCUAGAAUUAAAAUAUCUCUGUACUCAUGCGUGAAGAGAGAGGGAGGGAAGGGAGUCCAUAAAUCACCGUAAGGUCCAGAGGAUGAUCACUCGUGACUUAAAAUUGUCAAGUACAACGCAAAACUAAAACUACAAACUUCACUCUUGCACGUUCGUAUCGAAUCGAACGCAUGAUUGCUUGAAUGGAUAUCCCACAUGUUUCGAAGUUUUGAAUGAAGAAGGAAACUGAAUACUUGUUUUCGCGACCAAACACUGUUGUGGUAUAUGGAGCUGUUAUUAACUGAUUGGAUAUUACACGUCAAAUGUAGAAAAAAAUAAAUAAAUUUGUGUGUGUAUCCCUAAGUUCCAAUACUUUUAUGACAUGGUGUUUUUAGAUUA